CACCUCGGGCGAUAACGUAAAAGAUAUCUGGCGCUUCUUCUACGACUUCGACAACACCUUCGUCUCGACAACGCACGCCGCGAGACUCAGUCGGUUUUGGAUAGUCACUCUCGAGGCUUGCUUCGACAGCAAAGAUGCCAGAAGCACCCAGAGGUAAUGCGCGGCAGGAGGAGGAGACCGUGAGUCGGCCAUCUGGAACCUACUUCCGACGUAGACAAGGCUAACACAAGCUCUCACAAGCUACAGUCGGCCCUCCAGCCCAUGUUAAAGGGGUUUAUCAUGCUAGUGGUCUCCCAGUUCGUGCUGACGAAGGCUAUGAACUAUUGGAACGCACCCAAUGGCGCUGGCGGCGCAGCUGCUGUCAAGAACUCUUUCCCAAAAUUCUCCGAACGGCCCGACCAGGACACAAUUACAAACGCGACUUAUUUUCCAGUUAAGGCUGUGCCGAUGUGGGAACCGGACAGCAAGCUAGACAUUGCGAUACACAUUACGCCAUCUACUACAUUUCCCCUCCCAAAGGAUAGCAAGGUACUAGAUGAGAAGGAAUUUGAUACUGCAGACACAAAGGAGCUUCGAGAAAUCAGUACUACUGUGUUCAUCCCAAAGGCAGUGCAGAAUAAUGAGACUCUCUGGGCUCACUUUUUUGUUGCACUUUCGGGACAUCCGCAGUACUCGAAUCAGGAAGGUUAUAGCUCUAACACAGCGUAUAACUUUUCUCACCCAGUUAACCAGUAUCUGCCAAAAAAAAAAGCCAAAAAGCUCCGGAACCUAUUGGAUGCAGCUAAUGAGACUGAAGUGGUGGAAGAAGAGCCAAAAGUAGUGAAGAUUGGCUCCUUUUACCACCCAAACCUCACUGUAUCUCUCGUUCCUGACCAGGGGGCUAUAAGUCUCCAGUCCACUCAUCCCUCUAUUCGCCGGUUCCUUCAGCUGGAACGGACCGGUGCCAGAGAUGGCUCUGGGGAACUAGGCUGGUAUUAUCCGACUUUCUUCUUCAAUCGUUUCUGGCAGCUUAGGAACCAUAUGAUAGAGCUCAACUCCACUGUCAACGAAGUUCCACUGCGCAUUACCUUGAACACCAUCAAGCAAUGGCAGUUCGCCAUAAUGUCUAGCAUUGAGGAUGAUUCCAAGCAGAAGCAGCAUCAGGCGGCCUUUGGGGGCCCAAUCCCACCUACGUCGGGUGAUGGGAGCGAGGUUGAGAUGAUUAAGGAAGUGCUUUUGGAUACCAAUAUCUAUCUUCUUAUCACCACCGGUGUUGUUGGUGUUUUGCAUACGAUAUUCGAGUUCCUCGCUUUCAAGAAUGACAUCUCCCACUGGAGGAAGAAGAAGGACGUCGUUGGAACUUCUGUCCGUACAAUAAUUGCAAAUGUCUUCAUGCAGCUGAUCAUUUUCUUGUACCUGCUUGACAAUAAUGAGAAUACAUCAUGGAUGAUUCUCGGUGGUCAAGGCUUUGGUAUAGUCGUUGAAGCUUGGAAAAUCACAAAGUCGGCUAACGUCCGCAUUCGCCCCCCACCAGCUAACUCAUACCUCUCAUUCCUCCCAUACAUAAUUGUUCUUGAGGACAAACACAAGCUUAGUGAGACCGAAAAGAAAACUCAGGAGUACGAUGAAAUUGCAUUCAAAUGGUUGUACAUUGCUGCCGUUCCGUUAUUGAUUGGGUACGCCAUAUACAGCCUGCUGUAUGAGACCCACAAGUCAUGGUACUCCUAUGUUAUUGAGACGCUUGUUGGUAGUGUCUAUGCCUAUGGUUUCCUCAUGAUGGUUCCAAGCCUGUAUAUCAACUAUCGUCUCAAGGUCAGUGAAUUUUUCGCGCCUGUUUAUACAUCCAGAGAAAUCGCUUUAGCUAACGCAACAUGGCAAUAGUCUGUUGCACAUAUGCCCGGAAAAGCGCUCACUUACAAGUUCCUGAACACAUUCAUCGAUGACUUAUUUGCAUUUACCAUCAAGAUGCCAACGCUGCAUCGACUUGCAACCCUCCGAGAUGACAUUAUCUUCUUCAUCUGGCUCUAUCAAAGCUGGAAGUACAAGGUUGACUACACGCGAGUCAACGAAUUUGGCCAAGGGGGAGAUGACGACGAAGAAGAGGAAAAGGUGCAAGCCACUCAGAAGAGCGAGGAGAAUACCUCCGGUGGCGAUUCGAAGACAGAAGAACCGUCCGCUCCCGCAGUCAAAGCGGGUGAGAGUGAAGUUUUCUCUUCCGCAAAGGCGUCAUCAAAGGGCUCCAUGCGGAAAAGGAAGUAAACUGCAAUCAGUGCUCCAUUCUACCGGGCCAUUCCGUCCCAGGCAGCCAUCCAGUAUUCCUUUUUCUUUUAUGUGAGCAUUGGGGGAAUCAGGAAGGGUAUCACUCACUCUAAAAAUGAAAACCAUAUAUACGAAAUAAUCGGUUAAUGUCCCCAAUAGUGCAGCACCUGUUGAUAACCAGAAGCGGUGCAUUAUUCUGCCAUAGCAUACCCUGUCUUAAUGAAGGCACAGCCCAUGGCUUCUCCCUGUUGAUAUCGAGUAUAGUUUUGACAAUCUUCGGGCUAGAUAGAGAUAUUGAAUUUAACUCACGGAUAGUCAUAUUCUUGUAGAAUAAGUAGACCCCCCUCCCUCCCCUUGUGAAUACUAUACUAAUAAUACACCGUAUACAUGUGCCCUACAGUAUUCGAACCGGAAAGCUUUGUAAUGGAUUGGGAUACCUUAUUUACACGAGUGAGCCCCUGGCCCACACACAUCAUUACCAACGAAGUAAAGGGUGGAUGAGACAGAACAGGCGGACUUAUACGAAGCACGAAAUACACCCCAUUAUGAAAGGUAAUGUGAGCGAGCAGUAUACCUUCUCAAAGGCCGUAUUCCGAGACUAAUAUAUCCUUCCUGCUGCCCCUGUACUUGCAAGAAUCAAAAUAGCAAGAUCGUCGCUAACACCCCUGCGUAUAGGAUAAGACGAUGUAGACAUACCCAGCCGUCUCCCCACAGUCCCAGAGACAAAUCCCAUUUAUCCAAACUCUACUUCAGAGACUGAAGAUGAUGCCACGAGUGGUACUCCGUAGCUUAGCUUUACCGGUUUUAGGAAGAGCGAGAGGGGUGGUUUUAUGUCCUUCAUACGAUCUGAGUGUUUCAGAAGUGGUCUAACUAGUCUAGUACACUUGCAGCUCUAUAGCGUGCAUGAGGGCGAUCAUCAUUACCAUGAUUCUGGAAUUUCGGGCUUUUACAUCUGGCCAGCAAAUUGCCAGGGGUAGUGCCUUGGCCAUAGAGGAAGUAUCAGGCAUAUCUUCCUUGGUAUACUUCCAUAACAAAAGCAUAUACAGCCACCGGGAGUUGUAUCUUUUGACUUUCCUAGAUAGCCUUUGAUAUCCUUGAGUAUGGCUUUGCGGAGAGUAUCUUUAGGCCCCAUUAGAUUUGCCAUUGUCAGGGAAAUGCUGCAUGGGAAUCCACGGCUCAAGGGGAGGGCUAUCCUAGCAUGAAAUGCACGACAGACUUCAUUCAGCAUCGAGCCUGAGCGGGGUAGCCAGCCAUACAGAACUUCUCUGUGAUUCCCAGAGGGUAUUGUGCUCCAUCUUACAUACCCUAAAAUCGGACAAGUAAUGGCAUCCCCUUGGGCGCUGAUCGAAUGCUACUCGAACAUCAGAAGAACGCACGCAGAUCAAAGUCCCAUGUACCUGACUAAAAAAGGGCAAACGUCACGGACUUGGUGUGCGCGGUUAAUUUGGCAGCCUGACGCUGGGAUCCCCUAGACUAGCAUGUUGGCCACGACAUAACUCUUCCUUGUCCUCGGAAAUGCAUCUGAAAACGGUCAAGGGUAAGAAAGCAAUCCCGUCCUGGUGCAGAGGCGAGAAAAGUAUAAUAGACUGCUGAGGACUUCAACCCCAGAUAUUAGUGCUAGGUGAUGUUUAUCAGCAGAAGUUAACUGAAGCGAGAUAAACAGGGUCGAGGGUGAUACCAUGCAUGCUCUUCGAUGCAGCCGCCGUCUUGGAUGUCUUGAUGUCUUCUCAGAUGUCCCGGCGUUGCUGGCGUGCUCGACGAUGUUGCUGGUUGCCUCUUCUUAAGGUUCCAUUAUAAACAAGUCACAUGAGCAGUAGGCUCUUAGGUGGCAGUGGACAUGUUUAUCUCCCGGAUUAAUAAUCACCCGCGCCAAGACCCACGAUUAAGCUCGUGGAGUUUGAUCGUCGGAUCUGCAAAACAUCGACAUAAACAUCGACAUUGCAGCGAAAAGGGAGACUCUAGAUGCCAGAACUCUCUAGACAGUCGUCUCUUUUCACUCAGAUAUGAUGUUUUGAUGGUUACUGUGCCGGCCUUCAAAAGGCCGACCUUGGAUCA